AUGAAGAAAUUUUUCGACUCUCGCCGGGAGCAGGGAGGAUCCGGAGCCGGCUCGGGCACCAUUGGCGGCAGCGGUAGCAGCAGCACCGGGCCUGGGAGUGGAUACGUCGGCCGGGUCUUCAACGUGGGAAGGCAGCAGGUGACGGUGGAGGAGGUAGUGGCAGAAGGUGGCUUCGCUAUUGUAUUUCUGGUAAAGACCAGCAAUGGGAUGAAAUGUGCUCUCAAACGAAUGUACGUGAACAACGAAUACGAUUUACAAGUCUGCAAAUGGGAAAUCCAGAUCAUGAGGGAUCUCGUGGGGCACAAGAACAUUGUUGGCUACAUUGACUCCACAAUAAACUCAGUGAGCAGCGGAGAUGUAUGGGAAGUCCUAAUCUUGAUGGAUUUUUGCCGAGGAGGCCAGGUAGUGAAUUUGAUGAACCAGCGCUUGCAGAUGGGAUUUACGGAAAAUGAAGUUCUGCAAAUCUUUUGUGACACUUGUGAAGCUGUGGCCAGGCUGCACCAGUUCAAAUCCCCCAUCGUCCACAGGGACCUGAAGGUGGAGAAUGUCCUCUUACACGAUCGUGGCCACUAUGUCCUCUGUGACUUUGGGAGCGCCACCAAUAAAUCACAGAAUCCUCAGUUGGAAGGAGUGAACGUAGUGGAGGAAGAAAUCAAGAAGUAUACCACGCUCUCAUACAGAGCUCCAGAGAUGGUCAACCUUUACAGCGGCAAACUGAUCACCACAAAAGCUGAUAUCUGGGCCCUGGGAUGUUUGCUCUACAAACUCUGCUACUUUACUCUGCCAUUUGGGGAGAGCCAAGUGGCAAUUUGCGAUGGCAACUUCACCAUUCCUGACAACUCGCGCUACACCCAAGGCAUGCACUGCCUAAUAAGGUAUAUGCUGGAACCUGAUCCUGACAAGAGGCCUGACAUUUAUCAGGUCUCUUACUUUGCAUUCAAGCUUGCUAAGAGGGAAUGUCCUGUCCCCAACACUCAGAAUUCUCCAAUUCCUGCCAAACUUCCAGAGCCUGUGAAAGCUAGCGAAGCUGCUGCUAAGAAAACCCAGCCCAAAGCUAGGCUGACAGAUCCUAUUCCUACAACAGAAACAUCCAUCACACCACGUCAGAGACCCAAAGCUGGGCAAACUCAGCCAAAUCCAGGAAUUCUGCCCAUCCAACCUGCCUUGACUCCCAGGAAGAGGCCUGCAGUCCAGGCCAGUGUCCAGCCACAAGCUCCGGCUCCUUUGGCAGCAGUUCCCCUCCCUGCAGCAGUUCCUCAGCCGAACUCUCUGCCUCAACCGACUCAGCCCAAGCCCGCUGGCGGUGCACAGCCGGUGGCUGCCGCUGCCACCGCACAAGCCCAGCUCCCUCCAGCCCAGGCCACGCCGCAGCAUCAGCUCUUCCUCAAGCAGCCGCAGCCGCCGGUCUCUGCUCUCUUUUAUCAGCAGCCCCCCCAGAUGCCACUGCUGCAGGUUCAACAGACCCACAAGAUGCCACAGGCUGCCCAGACGUCCGGAAAGCCGCCAUUCCCGGUGGUUCAGCAGGGAACAGCGACUGCCACCCAGCCGCUGCCGCCACAACUGUUGGCUCAGCAAGCCACCAUGCAACCCAAGAUUGUUGCCGGGCAGCAGAAGCCCCCUGCGCAGCUCUUGCCCCAACCGCAGAUGCCGCCUUCAGUUGCACCAGCAGCCCCCAACCAGGAGCACCCGCAAGCACCUCCAAGACAACAAAAGAUACCAACUAUUCCUCCAUCGGCUGUCCAGGGGCAGAAGGUGGGGUCUCUCACACCACCAUCCUCCCCCAAGACUCAGCGAGGUGGACACCGGAGGAUUUUAAGUGAUGUGACCCACAGCACCGUCUUUGGGGUCCCAGCCAGUAAAUCAACACUGCUGCUACAGGCAGCAGCUGCAGAAGCCAGCCUCAAUAAGUCCAAGUCUGCCUCAACUACCCCUUCGGGGUCUCCGAGGACCUCACAGCAAAAUGUCUACAACCCACCAGAUGUCUCUACUUGGAACCCUUUUGAUGAUGACAACUUCUCCAAGCUCACCGCAGAGGAGCUGCUGAAUAAGGAUUUUGCAAAACUAAGUGAUGGUAAGCCUCCUGAGAAGCUUGACAGUUCAACGGAGAACCUGAUCCCAGGUUUUCAGCCCGCACCUUCCGCAGCGCAGCCAGACGCAUUUGGCUCUUCUCCUCUUGCGCCCAUAUCAGCUGAAAAAACAAAAGAUAUUCUGGAUACCAGCCCUCCACUUCUGGCUGUUCCUGACCCUUUCAUUCCUCUUCCACUGUCAGAUACACCAGAAAAACUGAUCGAAGGCCUCAAAUCUCCUGAGCCUCCGCUCCUGCUCCCCAAUAUCCUGCCUCUGGCCGAUCCCUUCGGUAGCACCUCUGAUGCUAUGAAUGGAAAAGCUGAGCUGACCGCUGAGAGUCUCAUCCCGGGCCUUGAGGCUCCUGUGCCCCAGCUCGGAUCCUCCCAGGCAGAUUCGGUGGCUUCCAGCAGAGCAGAUUCAAUCACUGCGGAGGAGUCCCUGCUUGACUGCUCUCUGCUUUCUAACCCCGGCACUGACCUCCUGGAUGAGUUCGCUCCUUUGGCUGUUUCAUCCCAAACUCACAAAGAAGAUACUAACCUGAUAUCAGGCUUUGAUGUCCUUGAUGGCUCUGAAAAAGUGGCAGAAGAUGAGUUUGACCCCAUCCCUGUGUUAAUAUCCAAAAAUUCACAAGGUGGGCAUUCUAGAAACAGCAGUGGAAGCUCUGAAUCCAGUCUUCCUAACCUAGCCAGGUCUCUUCUGCUGGUGGAUCAGCUCAUAGACCUGUAGCAGUCGCUCAGUAACAGGCGGUUUCUGUAACGUACCUAAAAUCCUUUCGUUCCUUUUUUUUUUCUUCUCCUAACAGAGCUAAUCUUUAGUUGUUGGAUGGUUUUUUGCUUUUGUUUUGUUUGAAAUAACGCCCGGUGGAAGGACCCUGCUCUGAAAUUGUACCCUCUGUUAGGAUUUAUCUGUACUUGUUUCCAGCGCAGCCUUGAUGCAGCCUGCGACAGUUUCUCGUGCAAUUCUCUGCUAUCUUUAAGGGAGUGCUACCAUGUAUUAAUCACUUUGCUACGAUUUAUCCCUUAGUGCCACCAAAACUAUCAUUGUAAAAAAAAAAACCCAUGUAAUCUAUGUAUGAUCCUUGCUAGAAAUACAUACGACUAAUCUGCCUAAAUAAUGCUAACUAAAAUUGUCUGUCAAACUUUUUUUCUUGAUUAAAAAAAAAAAGCGAGACCUGGGAGGCUAAGGGCAGUGAAGAGAAGUAGUGUUGUCCUUCUCCAGUGCAGGGGGAGCGUGCUAGGAAGUCCUAUCACGGAUUGGGGCCUGGACAGAGGGUCUUCCAAAGACAAAAUUCAGUUUGAGGCCUGAUGGUUUUAGAUAAAAGACAUUUCAAGCCCUGAAAGACGACAGUUUUGCGCCAUAAACUCCUGUUUUGCAAUCUGCUUAGGAAUGGACUGUGCUUAAAAUAAAUCAAUCAAUAAAUAAAGAUACUAAAGCUGUGGAACUUAUUCUACUCAAAAUGGUUAAUGUGAACCAUAAUAUUGUGUCAAACAGCAUGGCUAAGACCUUUUCUGUUGGAUGAACUAACAUUAGGAGGGGGGGAGGCCUUUGCGACUAGGGUGCUUGGUUUAUGGAGGACUUGUAUAAAUUGUAUGCACAUGUCAGAGUUUCUUGAAGGUAAGACUGGUGUUUUGUUCUGUUUUCCUUUCUCAGUUUUUGCUAUUCUUCUCUGUAAUUGCAUAUUGUAUUAACACAGUAAUAUGAAGCCAUCCCCCCUUCUUGAUAGACAGACUGUACUUUUUAAGUUAGAUCCUUCUUUCUUUAUUGAACUAGCAUGAACUCCUUGCCAACCGGUUUUCAGUAAGUGCUUUCCAGCUUAGGUGUGUCUGAACAGUUUUAUCUUUUAUUUUCAUGUUGAUAUGCUCAGUUUCCUCAAACUAUUGGAUAUGGUAAACUUGUUUUAUUGGCUUCUGAUCUUCAAGUCCAAAAUUAAUGGUCCCUUCCAAGAUGUUCUUCUGAAAAGGAGGACGACUGUUACUCCGUAGUGGAAUAAUCACUAGCUUAAUGCUAACUUUGUGUAUGUGCAAAUGUAUUGUAGUAGUUCAAAAAGUGCAGUUUCCCUACGUGUGAGUGUAUGAAUGGCUCAAUUUCUAGGUGUAUCAGCCUCUCCUACAAGAUUGAAAGACCUUCUGAUGUAACCCUGAGUAUUUUUCUCCAGCUUUCCCAAGAACCCCAUUCAAAUCUCUGCCUUCCAGAAGUUAGCUCAACAAAUUCUGUAAAUAGAAUUUCACUGUCGUGUCAAUCCUCUCUUGAAUCUUUCUAAAGUCUACUUGCUGACGCUCUUCAUUAUAAAACAGUUACUGCUUCUGUGUGAUGUGUGUGUCCAUAGGUCGUUUUGCUGCACUUUCCUGACUUACCUGACAAAAGUAUGAAAACGAUUGUAGCAAAAUUGUCGAUAGUUCUUUACAUUUUGGGGCAGACUCUUUGAUUCUUUGUCUUGACUCUUGAUUCCUGAAGUGCAGGCAACUGGAGUUGGAUCACAUGGACAGAGCUUUAGAUAGAACGUUAUUGUAUAGUCAGAUGAUACUGAAAAUAUAUGGAAAAAAGAAUGGAUUUUUUUAAACAAAGUAACCACCUGCUGUAUAUUAGAAACCAAAAAACACCCCCCCCCUGUGAA